AAGAGCUACGCAACGACACAAAAAAAAAAAAAGCUAAUGGAAGAGAAUUAGCGAUUAAUCGUUUGUAGAAGAAGAUAGAUAGAUAGAUAGAUGAUGAGAUGGCGAAGAGAGAAGUAGUGAAGGAGACAGAGAAUCUGAACCAAACAGCUUCAAUCUUUCCUGAUCAUCAUCACUUACCUUCUUCACCUGCAACCACAAAUUUCCCUUUAUCCUCCUCCUCCUCCUCAGGUGGUGGAAUCUUCGACAUGUACUGUGAAAACGAAAAAGGAGUUUCCAUGGGUUUCAUGGACUUACUUGGAAUCCAAGAUCUUAGUCCUUCCUUAUUCGAUUUGCUUCAUCACUAUCAACAACCACUCAUGCCACUCUCACCAUCACCACCGGCACCACCACUCACCAUCACCACCUCCACCACCACCAUCCAUCCACCCACAGAAUCCUCUGAGGUGUUGAAUUUACCCACUUCCCCCAACUCCUCUUCGAUUUCUUCUUCUUCUACUGAAGCCGCAAAUGAUGACCAGACCAAACCAGUAGACCAAGAAGAACAGGAGAAAUCCAAGAAGCAGUCGAAACCCAAAAAGAAGAAUCAGAAAAGGCAGAGAGAACCGAGAUUUGCGUUCAUGACGAAAAGCGAGGUUGAUCAUCUGGAAGAUGGGUACAGAUGGAGAAAGUACGGACAGAAAGCUGUGAAAAAUAGCCCUUUUCCGAGGAGUUACUAUCGUUGCACCAGUGCAACAUGUGGUGUAAAGAAGAGAGUAGAGAGAUCAUCAGAAGAUCCUUCAAUUGUUGUAACAACGUAUGAAGGUCAACACACACAUCCAUGUCCAGUCAUGCCUCGUGGAAGCUACUCUGUAGCUGGAAUGUGUUCAGACACCACCACUAGAAGCUUUGCCUCUGCUGCUGCUGCUGCUUCUACACCUGCGUUUGCUUUUCCUAUGCAAAUCACUCACUUCCAGCAACAACAACCACAACAAUACUACCAUACUAGCUUACCACUUUCUUUUACUUUUAACAACAACAGCAAUAGUGGUGGUGGCAUUCCAUCAUCGGCUCCUCCUCCUCUUGUAGUACAGGAGAGACGUUUUUGCACUUCAUCAUCAACACCACCAGCAACAGCAACAACAGCUUCUUUGUUGAGAGAUCAUGGGCUUCUUCAAGAUAUUUUUCCUUCUGAUAUGAAGAAGGAGACGUAG